GGCGAACGGGGGCAGAGCCGGGAGAAGGGAACCCUCGGCUGCCAGAAGAACCCGUGGAGCCGCUCAGCCCUUUGUGUGUAUGGGCGGUGGUUCGAGGAAGCACCUUGGAGAGCGAUCAUUUCCCUCCGCAGCCUUCUUGAUAAAGCCACGGGGUUUAACUUCUGUGGGACCUCCCUAUCCGCGGGUUCAAUAUCCGCUGAUUCAUUCAGCCGCUGGUUGAAAAUAGAAAAUAACCCGACCCAUAAAAAAGCUAUUUAUAUGUAUUUCCAUGGUGCGUUUACCAAAACUGGCCACUCGAGGGAGCCAGAGACUAGGCAAAGUAGAGGUUUCGAGACUUCCGCGUUAAUCAGUAUCCGCGGGAAGGGGUGCUUGGAACCGAUUCCCCGUGGAUCUGGCGGUCUUACUGCAUCUCAUGAUGUGAAUUUACCUUUCUCUUAGAAUUGUACUAAAGGCUAAUUGGGUUCUUACUCCAGCCACAGUGUCUGGAUGAUUCUGGUUCAUUUGGGCAUUUAAAGGAUUUUGAACAGUUUUCUGAUUUUUUUUUAAACUAAGGAACUUUUGGGGAUGCUGCUUCUCAAGCUGUUCUCAUUCCACGGCAUCGAUCCGUAGUGCCUUGGUGGACGGAGGAGUGGAGCAAAGUGAUUCCUGAACGAAUUGGCCAGACCCACUUCUGACAGAAACCAUAUGGUUGUGUGUAGCUGACUGAAACCAAAAGAGAACUUGAUUAAUACUAUUUCCUUCCGAGAAGAAAUCCCGUUGUGUUAAAGUGCUUCAAGAGUGAGAAAUCCUGGCUGCCACGGAUCAGACAGAGGUGCCCUCUCCCUCCCUGGGGAUCCCAAUCUGUGUGAGAGAACCUCUCCCUGAAGCCGUUUCUGUAUGUAAAGACCUGGUAGCCUUUGAGGAGGUGGCUGUGCAUUUCUCCGAGGAGGAGUGGGCGCUGCUGGAUCCGGGCCAGAAGGCUCUGCACUGGGAAGUCAUGGUGGAGAAUUUUGCCCACGUGGUGUCUCUGGCUUCUGUUGUGAGAGAAGGCAGCUCUGAAGACGAACUGCUUCAAGAAUGCUUGGUCAUUGAGGAGGGGAAACCCCAGAGGAGAAAAAAGGAAGGCAGGCAGAAGGGGAAUGAAGCCUUUUCUUCACAUGAGACUCCGCUUGAAGAAGAAUCUGGUCAAAGCAACAAAUGCCAUAAGUGUUUGGUGUGCAAGAAAAGCUUCCGUUGUCAAGCCAGUCUAAAUGCUCACUGGAAAAUCCAUGUGGGGCGGAAACUAGUGGAAUGCUCAGAAUACAGGAAGAAUUAUUUGAAUCAUUCACCACCUGGAAAAGAUUUGAGAACACACAGAGAAGGAAAACAAGUUAGAUGUCCUGAAAACAGCUUUAGUCAGAGCACAGACCUUUUCCCCCGUAAGACAAUGCAAAGAGGGGAGAAACGGUUUCAGUGCUUUGACUGUGGAAAGAGGUUCAACCGCAAUACACACCUUGUCUCCCACAAGAGAAUCCACACAGGGGAAAAGCCCUUCAAAUGCACGGAAUGUGGGAAGAGCUUCAGCCAUAAAGGGACCCUUAUUUCUCAUGAGAGAAUCCACACGAAGGAGAAACCCUUUAAAUGCUCCAAAUGUGGGAAGAGGUUUGGACACAACCCAAGCCUGGUUCGCCAUAUGAAAAUCCACACGGAGGAGAAACCGUUUCCCUGUUCAGAAUGCGGGAAGAGCUUCAGUUACAGCACGCACCUUACCCGCCACAUGCGGAUCCACACCGGAGAGAAGCCGUUUACCUGUCUGGAAUGUGGGAAAAGCUUCACGCAGAGUGCGAACCUGACCUCCCACGUGAGAAUCCACACCGGAGAGAAACCAUUUACCUGUGUGGAAUGCGGAAAAUGCUUUAAUCAGAGCACACACCUUGCUUCCCACAAGAGAAUCCACCAUGAGAAACCAUGCACAUUUCCGGAACAUGGAAAGAGCUUGAGCGAUGGAAGCGGCCUUAGUUCCCAUCAACGACUCCACACAGGGGAGAAGCCGUUUGAAUGCCUGGAAUGUGGAAAGAGCUUCAGUCACAACACAACCCUUGCUACUCAUAUGAGGAUCCACACAGGAGAGAAGCCGUUUAAAUGCCUGGAGUGCGGAAAGAGCUUCCGGGAUAGAAGCAAUUUCAGUUCCCAUCAAAAGAUCCACACCGGCGAGAAACCAUUUAAGUGUUUUGCCUGCGGGAAGGGCUUCAUUCGGAGCACAAACCUGGCUUCCCACAUGAGGAUCCACAGAGAGGAGAAGCCGCCUGCGAGUUUGGAAUGAGGGAUGGGCUUCCGUUGCAGGGUAAACUUUUCCUUUUCCUCAGAGAGUUCAUGGAGAGAAAGAUACUGCCGAGAAGCGCGUGGGAUGCGGAGAGGUCUUUAGGCAGGAAUUGUACCUUGCAUAACAUCUAAGCAUCUCUCCAGCUGAAAAUGAUGCAGAUAUUUCCUCACUAGAAGUUGACAGAUAUUUAAUACCUUGGUGGACAAUAAAAUAAUGUUUUCUGUUGAU